AUGGAUAACUACAAGCCAUUGAAUCAUACAACGGAUGGAUUGACAUCGACUCUGGAUACAGACUUUGAUGAUACUUGUUAUCAGAGACUUCAUUCUACUCAAAAUACGGCAUCUUCUCAGACAGACCGUCAGCAGAAACUCGACCAGCUUCUAUUGCCAUUGCAUUCUACUUACACACAGUCUAAUGAAGGUGCUUCCAAGUCUGCCGAUCCAAGACUACAACCUUCUUUAGAGUUGCCUCAGCCUUUGUCAAAAGGCUGGCUUCUUGCUGCUGUUCAAGAAACCACAAGUUUUAAUCCCAGCAAUCAUGCAUUUCUAUCCAACAGUCCUGAUAUCAACAAGAGCUUACAUGCAAGCAAUGAUAGCGAUAUAGGAAACUGCAGUACUAUCAGCAAUAAUGAACAGAUUAGCAUGUCUUCCAACCAUAGCAUCAAUGCUUGUGAUAGAACAGCAUCGCAUGGGCAGCAUUUGCUUGCUGACCCAUCCAAAGCAAUUGGCACUCGACGCAGUAGUACAGGCGGUAGUGGGGCUUCAACCACGAAUAUGCUUCAACCAACCACCACCAUGCAGCAUUCACCACUCAGAACUCGUUCUUCAGACCAAUCUGCUGGAUAUCCUGUCAGUCAAUCUUAUGAAAACAGAGUCUUGUAUAAUGGCUCAUCUUUUAAAGAGGAUCGACAAGCUACUCGACAGUCAUUUCCUGGUCCAUCCAUCUCAGAAUUGGAUUCAAUUCAACUUACAGAUAUUCCAGCAUGGAUGUUGGAUCAACCCAAUUCGUCUGCUAUUCAUGAGCAGAAUCAACCUGGAAACAUAGCAAUUCCACCCACUAGUCCAACUCUUGACCAUCCAAUUCAAAGAACUCGUCGUAGAUCUAGCAAAACCCAUGAAGCAUCUGCAACUCAGUCUACUCGUCCAUCUCGCAAAUCAUUCUCACAUCAGUUUAAUGAUCCUCACAAUCAUUCAUCUCCAAAUUUGAAUUCAUUCCCCACUCAGCAUCAUGCUCCUCCUCAACUAAACGACCACACAUUCGUAUCAAAAAAGGCUCUGCGCAUGAACUCUGCUCCAUACGAACAUCCUGACCCACUUAAACGGUCAUUGAUGUUGGCACUCCAGCUUUCUGACGAGGCUGUACGUGCAGACAAUCAACAGCUUCAUAAACUUGCUUUGGAAAGGUAUCUCAUUGUCAUUGGAAAUCUCACCGAUAUCUUGGUCUGUGUAUCGCAAGUAGAGCGACUACUUAGAGCUCCUUGUACACGACCACAUAGACGGCGUGCUACUCAAGAUCUAGGAUUGAAUAAAACUUCCAGUUUCGGUGGAAUAUUACAAACCUCGCAGACUACUGAAAAGUCGUUGUGGAGUGUUUCUGCCGAUGAUAAACAUGCCAUCAUGCAUAUUCGCGAUCAAUAUAUUGCAAGAGUCAACACUCUGAUUGCCACAUUGCCCAUCGAUGUCACCACUUCAUACUCUCAUCCUCUAGUUAAACCACCAUUCGCUGCUAUCCCAGUUUCCUUGGAUCCACCUUCUCACUCUCCUUCAUUUGAAAUUGCAUUUCUCAAUGUUAUGCGUCAGGAUCUAUCACACACUUCUGUGCCUGAUCCCUUGCUUAAUGACCCACUGCUACGACCUCUACAAAUCAUGCAACGACUCGCUAAAAGCAUGUCCCAUGGAGGAUUUCUAACAAAUCAUUUAUACGUCCCAUCUGAUGUUUGGACUCAACCAAGAGGAAAAAUCGCAUUUAUCGAUAUGAAAUGCAAUACAUUUAAUCAACUUUUUGUACCGCUUGAUCGUCUUCGUGCUGCUCAACAAAAUGAUCCAGAAAUCUCGAGUAUCUCUAAUUUUAACAAGGCUGUCGAAGAAUAUGAGUUUGCCAUUGAUGUUGUGCGAACACAACUACUUAAAAAACUCAAAUAUCUAUCUUCUGAUGACGACGGUCGAUCUAGCUCCAUGUUUUUGGAUUCUCAUGCAUCUCACUCGACUCUGGAUCCCUCGACGACACAACCCAAUCCCAGUCGAGAUCGCUUGUUGUCAUGGAGUCACAAGUUUCAAAAAUCAUUGGAAAAGUUUAAAAGCGUCAAAGAAAGAGGUAGCAGCGGUUCAAGCAAAUCUAUAUCAGCUACAACAACCUCGAAUAGUACAUCGUCUAAUCCCAGUGGCAUUUUAUCCAUAAGCACCAACAAUAUAUCGAUGGCUUCUGCAUCUUCCACUCUUAAUGCUGGUGCAUCCAAGGGAUCCGCAUCACUUUUAGUUUAUUCUGAAACCAUGUCUCGUUUUCUAAACGAAUCAAGGCAAAUCUUAUUACAAUGGGUUGAGCGGGUUACUACUUUGGCUCAAACUACUGAUUCUGAUCCCAUCAAUCCUAUAUCGCCAAAUUCAAAACAUGCACAGUAUCCUCCUCUCUCUGUUCAGGAUACGUACCAUGUUCGAUCCAAAUUACGUAAAAUCAUGCAGUUUUAUGAUUCAGUUGUUUGUGCCAUGUUGCUCAAGGAUCUACAUGGUUUGUUAGAUCGCUUCAUCAAUAAAAUCUGCAAGGUGGCCAAUGCUUGAUAAUAAACCUUGUAUAUAUCGACUGGAUUGUAUCUUUAUGAUACCGUUUAUCCCAAGUACCUUUCUAUUCAAUCUUUAUAGAUUUACUUGUUAAACCAAAUAAACAAUGAUUUCUCGUU